AUGUGUGCUUGUUGUCGGAUGCCGCACAACCCAGCACUGCUGGUGAUAAUGGGGUGCGCGUCGGGAACCGGACCCAGGGUUCCGGCUUCCAGUCCUCGCGGAGGGAGAAGUAUGGCAACGUGUUCAAGACGCACUUGCUGGGGCGGCCGCUGAUCCGCGUGACGGGCGCGGAGAACGUGCGCAAGAUCCUCAUGGGGGAGCACCACCUGGUGAGCACCGAGUGGCCGCGCAGCACGCGCAUGCUUCUGGGCCCGAACACGGUGGCCAACUCCAUUGGCGACAUCCACCGCAACAAGCGCAAGGUGUUCUCCAAGAUCUUCAGCCACGAGGCUCUGGAGAGCUACCUGCCCAAGAUCCAGCUGGUGAUCCAGGACACGCUGCGUGCCUGGAGCAGCCACCCCGAGGCCAUCAACGUGUACCAGGAGGCCCAGAAGCUCACCUUCCGCAUGGCCAUCCGUGUCCUCCUGGGCUUCAGCAUCCCCGAAGAGGACCUUGGGCACCUCUUUGAGGUCUACCAGCAGUUUGUGGAGAACGUCUUCUCCCUGCCUGUCGACUUGCCCUUCAGUGGCUACCGGCGGGGCAUUCAGGCACGACAGACCCUACAGAAGGGCCUGGAAAAGGCGAUCCGGGAGAAGCUGCAGUGCACGCAGGGCAAGGACUAUUCGGACGCGUUGGACAUCCUCAUCGAGAGCAGCAAGGAGCACGGGAAGGAGAUGACCAUGCAGGAGCUGAAGGACGGGACCCUGGAGCUGAUCUUUGCGGCCUACGCCACCACCGCCAGCGCCAGCACCUCGCUCAUCAUGCAGCUGCUGAAGCACCCGGCGGUGCUGGAGAAGCUGCGGGAGGAGCUGCGGGCCCACGGCCUCCUGCACAGCGGCGGCUGCGCCUGCGAGGGCACGCUGCACCUGGACACGCUCAGUGGCCUGCACUACCUGGACUGCGUCAUCAAGGAGGUCAUGCGCCUCUUCACGCCCAUCUCCGGCGGCUACCGCACCGUGCUGCAGACCUUCGAGCUCGACGGUUUCCAGAUCCCCAAAGGAUGGAGCGUCAUGUACAGCAUCCGGGAUACUCACGACACGGCGCCUGUGUUCAAAGACGUGAACGUGUUUGACCCCGACCGCUUCGGCCAGGCUCGCAGCGAAGACAAGGACGGCCGCUUCCAUUACCUCCCCUUCGGCGGCGGCGUCCGGACCUGCCUGGGCAAGCACCUGGCCAAGCUGUUCCUGAAGGUGCUGGCAGUGGAGCUGGCCAGCACCAGCCGCUUUGAGCUGGCCACCCGGACCUUCCCCCGCAUCACCCUGGUCCCUGUCCUGCACCCCGUGGAUGGCCUCAGUGUCAAGUUCUUUGGCCUGGACUCGAACCAGAACAAGAUCCUGCCCGAGACGGAGGCCAUGCUGAGUGCCACGGUCUAACGGAGCCUGGCCACACCCCUGCCUCAGCCGGCCGGGCCCUGGGGUGGGGGCGAUGGAAGGGUACAAACCUGUGUGUGGGAGGGGGCUGCAAUCCAGGGAAGGGGAGCGGCCCCCAUACCGGCCCUCCCGUUUUCUCUCCCUGGCAAGCCCUACCCAAAGCCAAAAGGGCCCAGCUCUUUGGCUCCUGCUUCUCCCAGUCUCUCUCCAGUUCCCACCAGCUUAGCUCCCGGGACAGGGCAUGGCGGGGGCUCCACAUGCCCGUUACAGUGUUAAAUGGCAGCCAGCUCACGCUGCAGCAUUUGCUUGUCAUGUUCCCAAUGGAUCCCUCCCUGCCCAUUUCGUUUGGACCCUAUUGGUUUGAGGUCAUGUGGUCGACAUGGGGGGGUGGGCAGGAGGAAGAGUUGGGCUCUUCGGCCCCCCGCCCGCUCCUGCCUCUCUUCAGAAUCAGGCACCUGCCCCUCCUGGUCUUCACCUAGAGUCCCCCCCUUUGCCAGUUUGGACAUUUGAAAUUACCUAUUGCUGCUACUUUUUUCUUUCCUCUGAAGUUGGGGCAAAGGGCUCCAGGCCCUGUCCUCCCAGCAUCCUCUCUGGUGGCCCUGGGCAUGCACACAGCAAUGACAUCCCCACCUCCCGGCCGAGUGGUCUUGAGCCCAUCCUGCUCCACUGUUACCCGCCGCCCCCCGCCCCCCCAAGGCCCUUGGCUCAUAUUUAUUCACUGAUCUAACCGAAUCUGGGCGUUACUGGGGACUGGAAUUGCACCUUCUCCACCCCCCCAGCCUCCGUCCCAGCUGCCCGGGGACUGACUUCUGCGCGUGACUCAGCCUCUCUGGCUGAGGUUCAGAAGCUCCCCCAGGCUCCAGACCUUCUGUGGGUUCAACCUCAACUGCACUUCUGGGGUGAAAUCCAUCACCUCUGCCUUUUUCCCCCUGCUAAAGGUGAGGAAUGGCCCACUGCUUCUCCCCGCCCCCCACCUCUGUCCACAGCCUGGGGACCUGGAGGCUGCCACCAUCUCCCAGUCACUGUCCCCCGGGCGGGGUGCCCCCACUGGCUGGUGAGUGUGGGGAAGGAUACGGGUUCUUUCUCUGACAGGGAGCGAGGGGCUCCACUGUCCCUUCCUUAACCUUCACCCUUCGGCCUUGGAAAGGUGUCCUUGAAGCCCCUUCCCACCUCUAUGCCACUGUCUGCUUAGCCCAGCUCAGGGUGUGGGACGAGACGAGGGCCAGGGGAGGUGAGCUAGAAGGCAGCCCUUCCUCAGCGGUCCUGAGGCGGCUGCAGGGAGGCUGCAGGGAGAGCUGAGGAGAGCAUGUGCGAGUUGUCAGAAGUGAUUUGCUUGGAAAUGGGCCAGUCGGGGGAUGACUGGGGGAAAGAGGGGUAGCUGCUGCCACCAGCAUUUGGAGUCCGCAAUUUGGGACGCCCCCCCGGGCUGGUUUGGGGCCUUUGAUGAGUCUUCAGCGAUCUUGUCUGGUUGUGGAUUUUUCUUUGCUGUCUGUGUUUCUCAGUUGGCUUCUGAUGCUAUAAAAGCGAUGAAUCCUCUUUACAAGAAAGCCAGCACACAGAGGAAGGUUCCAGGUGUCGAUGCGUUUGCCUCUCCAAGAGGCGACCGCUGUGACCACUCAGUGGCCGCCUCUGAUGGUGCUGUGGGGACAGAUGGCUCUGGACCCCACUCAGAACCACCUGUCCUCAAUUGCUUCAUUUGGUUUCUACCUUUUCAUUAUUAAAAAAGAGCGUGGAGCAGAUAUCAUUGGCAAAACAUAGACCUUUAAAAAAAUUAGUCAAAUCUCUCAAUUUCUCUGCAUUCUGAAAAGCAGGCAAAAAUGUGUUAAGACUCAUCAGAACUUGCAGGAUAGCUGCAUGGUCCACCAGAAUUGGCCGGCCACAAAAAACCCGGAAGUUAACCCUUCAAGCCAACCCAGCUUGCCCCGGCCCAAUCGUGCUGGAUCGAAUAGCUAGGGAUGCACGGGUGCAGCUUCAGGCAGGGAGUCCGCUGGGCGUGGGCAUGGCCCUGGCGGGGGUGGGUGGCUGGAAGGCGCUGGAAGGCCUCAGUGGACCUUCCGUGUGGGGUGACCAGCUGGAGAGGGGCAGAGAGGAGGCUGAGGAGGGUCCCUGUGAGGAGGAAAGAAGGAUCGUUUGCCCUGCUGGGUCUCAAAGGUAACCAGAGAAGGAAGAAAGCUCUUGGCCGGCUGGGUGAGGGGUUCCCAUGUCGACGUCCAUCCAUCUCUCCUCUGUGCGCCCAUCGGUGUCCGUGUGUCUGUGUGUAGGUUUUCUAGAUGUAGCGUAGAUGGGUGAUGUUUCCUCACUUACCAUUCCUAACGAUCGUAACUUGACGUUAAAGAGACAAAACCCCACAACACUUCUCCUGCCCCGGGCUUGCAGAUUGAAGCACUUUCGAUGUUGGGCGCUGGUGUUUGUGUUCUGGGCACCAUCCUGACCCUGCCCAGAUCGCCAUGAUAUUAUUUUAUACACAAAACUUUUUUUUUUCAUAAAUGUUAUAAUUUUGUGUCUGUCUUUAUAAACUAUUAUAAGUACUAUUUUUGUUAUAAUUCAAAAUAGAUAUUUAGUAUAAAGUUUUUGCUGUUAAAUAUUUGUUAUUUAGUAAAAUAUGAAUUUUUCUCUAUUGUAAACAUGGUUCAAAAUAUUAAUAUGUUUUUAUCACAGUUGUUUUAAUAUUGAAAAAGCACUUGUGUGUUUUGUUUGGAGAUGAAACCGGUGCCGUGUGAGUGUUUUUGCUGUCACGUGGGCUUCAUCUGUAUAUAAUAUUCCGUGUUGCAUAUUAAAAAAAAUGAAUGUGGUGCAUUUUGUGAUUUUGAAAGUACUCCAUGUGGCUCUUUUAUAGGCUUCCGUAAUAAACCGUGGGGACGCACCUC